ACUUAGUGUGACGAGAGAGACUGAAGCUAUGAUAGACAGUGCUGCAGAUGUCCAGCCAUCUUUGCGUGAAAAAAGUGUGUCAAAAGAGAUUGAAAAUCUGACACAAAGUGCUGCAGAUGACAACCCAUCAUCACGUGAAAAAAGUGUGCCGAAAGAGAUUGAAAAUCUGACACAAAGUGUUGCAGAUGUCCACCCAUCUUCACGUGAAAGAUCAGUUAGUGUGUCAAAAGAAGCUGAAGAUGUGAAAUACAGGCCUAAUACUGGAGAUGUCCGCCAACCACCAUCUAGGGCAUCAGUUAGUGUUACAGCACAGACUGAAGAUAUAAAAGGUGGUGCUGAAGAUGUCCGUCCUUCGCCAUCCCGAAGAUCAGCUACUGUGGAAAUACAGAAAGAAAGUUUCACACGUAGUGUGAAAACGUAUGCUGCAUCAUAUCUUGACAGAGAUUUGCGCCACCUGUCAUAUCUGGACAGAGAUAUCCCCAGCCGACUUUUGAAGGAAGGUUCUGUUGAUGUGCCAAGAUAUGGAAAGUCAUACUUUGAGGGAGAUUUCCAAAGACGACUGUCGAAGGAAGGCUCUGUUGAUGUGCCAAGAUAUGGAAAGUCAUACUUUGAGGGAGAUUUCCAAAGACGACUGUCGAAGGAAGGCUCUGUUGAUGUGCCAAGAUAUGGAAAGUCAUACUUUGAGGGAGAUUUCCAAAGACGACUGUCGAAGGAAGGCUCUGUUGAUGUGCCAAGAUAUGGAAAGUCAUACUUUGAGGGAGAUUUCCAAAGACGACUGUCGAAGGAAGGCUCUGUUGAUGUGCCAAGAUAUGGAAAGUCAUACUUUGAGGGAGAUUUCCAAAGACGACUGUCGAAGGAAGGCUCUGUUGAUGUGCCAAGAUAUGGAAAGUCAUACUUUGAGGGAGAUUUCCAAAGACGACUGUCGAAGGAAGGCUCUGUUGAUGUGCCAAGAUAUGGAAAGUCAUACUUUGAGGGAGAUUUCCAAAGACGACUGUCGAAGGAAGGCUCUGUUGAUGUGCCAAGAUAUGGAAAGUCAUACUUUGAGGGAGAUUUCCAAAGACGACUGUCGAAGGAAGGCUCUGUUGAUGUGCCAAGAUAUGGAAAGUCAUACUUUGAGGGAGAUUUCCAAAGACGACUGUCGAAGGAAGGCUCUGUUGAUGUGCCAAGAUAUGGAAAGUCAUACUUUGAGGGAGAUUUCCAAAGACGACUGUCGAAGGAAGGCUCUGUUGGAUUAGCAGAUCUCCACCCAUCUGCAAUUAGAGGAUCAGACAAUUUGCUGAAUGAGAGAGGGAAAGUGACACCUGGAUCAGCAGAUCUCCGCCCAUCUGCAAUUAGAGGAUCAGGCAGUUUGCUGAAAGAGAGAGGGAAAGUGACAGCUGAUUUGACAAGACACACAGCAUCAAAUGUGGACAGAGGUCUCCAAAGACAGCUGGUGAAGGAAGGUUCUGCUGAUUCUACACUUGCUACCAAGUACGUGAAAGAUAAUGAAAAAAAGUAUCUGAAUAAAUAUCCUAUGGAAUUUGGAGGAAGACUUGGUACUUUGUUGCUGAUUUUGUUCCUGCCUUUAUAUGUCUUGAGUUUGUUUAGUUUUAAUUUGGUACCGGACCCAACAAAAUUUGAAGUAUUGUUUCAAAUGCAGCUUGUACUGAUUCCUCAAGUGGCUGUUGGAAUAAUAAUGCUUAUAAUUUUCCAAGCUUUACUUAGCAUUGUGCCUAUUGGCAAAGUUGUCAGUGGACCUCUGACUAAGCUUGGGAUUUUGAAAAUGCGGUGUAAUGGAAUUUUCGCAGCCCUGUUUGCACUGGUUCUAAUUUCAUCAGUGUGCUACUUCAAAAGGGAAGUUGCUGACAUUGUAGUCAGUGUGUAUAGUGAGGCUGCAGUUUCAGCAAUGCUUGUGGGAAUUGUAUUUUCUCUAAUUCUGUACAGAAGAGGUGGUAAAUUGCCUAUCUCCUAUCUUAAUCCAUAUGGAUCAAAAGGCUUUAUGUGGUAUGACUUCUGGAUGGGACGAGAAGUUACUCCUCGUAUUGGAAAAUUCAAUGUAAAGCUCAUCCUUCAUCGAUUUUCCAUAAUUAUUGUGAUUGCACUGAACAUGUUGAUUGCCAUAAAAGCAUAUUUGCAGGGAGUGGAAGAAGAAAUAUUAAGAUCUGUUAUAAUAUCUACAAUAUUGCAGUCGUUAUAUUCUUUACACUUUAUUUUUCAUGAAGACCUGUAUCUGUAUUCCUUCCUAGCUAUCUCAGAAGGUGUUGGAUACAUGAUAGCAGUGGGACUUAUGACAUUUCCAUUCAUAUUGACAUUCACUACAAAAGCUAUCUUGGACUAUAGAUUAAAGGCAUCACUGACAGAAAUGUAUAUUGUACUGUGUUCCUAUACAAUUGGACAAAUAUUAUUACAGUCGAGCAGCCACAGGAAAAUGCUCUCUCUAAAAAAUCCAGUCACCUCAGUUUGGAGGGUGAAUGUGCUGCCUAAAUGGAGUGCUGCUGUUCAGAUCAGAGCAUAUAUGGGAGAGAUCAUUAUAUACUGGGCUUUGGCUUUAGUUGCUGGUACCACUUACCUUGGUAUUUUCAUAAUACCGUCAGCAUUUACAGUUACUGUGCUUUCAAGAGCCUUCAGGGAAUAUAAACGUUCAGCAGCCUAUCAAGCAGGUGAAGUUAACACCAAACAAUAAUAAGCUGUAAUUCUCAGUAACUGUUGUGAAACAAGAUCAUGCUAAAUGAUUGUGAAUAUGGGGCUAACUGCCAUGUUCAAAUAUGGAAUCAUUUAUAAAAUGUUUUUUUGUGAUAACUACUGUGCACUAAUUGAACUGUCUUUGUUUAGCAAUUGAGCACAUACAUUUUCUUAAAAAAGAGUUUUCAAAGAUUUUAAGAUGGUUUAAAAUUACAAAUGAUCUUUAUGUAGCACUUUUUAUGUUCUUGUAAGUAAUCUGAAAGAUUAUAGGAGCAUCAACAUUUAUUGUGGCAAGUUUAGUUUUUAUUGAUCUAAGAAGACUGUUAAAACAGUAUUUUUUUAAAAAAUAUGUCUUUGGCUAGUACUUAUAGUUAAUUACUUAAUAUUAUUAUUAUUAUUAUUAUUAUUAUUAUUAUUAUACGUAUCACUCUACAAUGUUAUUAUUAGUAUUAUUAUACGUAUCACUUUAUGAGAGUACAAAUUAAAGCCCUUACUGAUUGAUAUGUUAUAAACGCCAUUCAGACUAUGGCACGAACUGAACAAAUAUCAUUUCAUGCUGUGUAUUUUAUAUUUGGUUAUUUUCUAUAUUUUUGUUGUAAUUAUUUUCUAAUUGUGUUGUUUAAAUAAAUAGGUUUAGGUUAAAUGAGUGUAUGUGUAUUUAAAUAUUACCUGUAUUCUAACAUUGUUUUUGGAAACUCCCACUCUACAAUGUUAUUAUUAGUAUUAUUAUACGUAUCACUUUAUGAGAGUACAAAUUAAAGCCCUUACUGAUUGAUAUGUUAUAAACGCCAUUCAGACUAUGGCACGAACUGAACAAAUAUCAUUUCAUGCUGUGUAUUUUAUAUUUGGUUAUUUUCUAUAUUUUUGUUGUAAUUAUUUUCUAAUUGUGUUGUUUAAAUAAAUAGGUUUAGGUUAAAUGAGUGUAUGUGUAUUUAAAUGUUACCUGUAUUCUAACAUUGUUUUUGGAAACUCCACUUUAGUGUAAAGACUGCUUGUAAGAAAGACAAAUUGCAAGCCUUUGCUCUUUCAAAGGUUGCUAGUCAACUGCAUUGAUAUGAUCUGUGUGUCUCCCAGCUGUGUGAAAUGGGACACUAAAUGUGCGCACGGAAUGACCACUCCCAUCAUUAGUUUGAUAU